UUAUACUAGUGAGGUCGGUGCUGAGUCACAGUCGCUCUUAUUCAAAUCCUGCUAAGCAUCUUUCGAGGACAACCAACAUAAAUGUUUCAGUUCUAAGGUAGACCUAAAUUAAGCCGUUAAUUACCUCUCAACCCAACCAAUUCAAAUCGUCGCACGUCGCACAACACGUUAUUCACAAGUUUUAAUCCAAAUAAUUAAUAAAAGUUCAUAUCUUGCACUUUCUUUAUAAAUUCCAAGCUCUUCUCCUCAUUCUCUUCACCUCAAACCACUCUUCCUUGCUGCUUCCAAAUUCCUUCUCCUAUACCAAUGGCGCUCUGCUGCAACAGCUCCCCAUUCGACUGCCUUCUCAUCGAUCUGGAUGACACUCUCUACUCGCCGAACCUCGGCAUUUCACAAGCCUUGAGGAAGAACAUUGAUGAUUUUCUUGCAAUAAAGUGCGGAUUGCCUGCAGAACAAGCGUCAUCCCUUCGCAUCGAGCUCUUCAAAAAAUACGGCAGCUCCCUCGCCGGCCUUUUGGCUCUCGGUUACAAAGUGCACCCAGAUGAAUACCACAGUUUCGUGCACGGCUUGUUGCCGUAUGAGAACAUCCGACCGGACUCGCAGCUCCGAGAGCUCCUGCUGAGCAUUCCGCAGACCAAAAUCAUAUUUACGAAUUCGGAUCGGAAGCACGCAAGCAGAGUUUUGGAGAGGCUCGGCAUUGAGGAGGAAUGCUUCCACAAAAUUAUCUGCUUCGAGACCCUCAAUCCAGAGCUUUUUGACACCACGCCGGAGCCGGCAACUGUCUGCCAGCCGCCGGUGGUGGUUCUCAAGCCCUUAAUCGCCGCCGUUGAGGCAGCUGUUCACAUCGCCGGCUUCGAGCCUCGCCGCACGGUAUAA